AUGGAUCAGUCACAACGACGACCAGGACUUACACAGGAAUCACAGAGUCAUAACCGUUCCAAUUCCUCUUCCUUCUUUUCCUUCAACCGCCGGCCGACCAACAACGAACCACCCACUACAGCACCCCAACGAAGCACCUCAUUUCUCUCACGAUCCCGCAUGGAACAGCAACAGCAACAAUCCCCACCACCACAACACCAAUCUCGACCAUCCUUAGACGGGGCACCCCAGACCCCACUCCACCCAGAAAUUCGCUCCGUAGUCCAGCUUACCACGGCCCAUGCUCGCAAGGUCUAUUAUUCCGGCCCGCUCAUCAGGCGUGUUGAACGGCAGCCAGACGGGCAAAAGCCUCACAAAGACGAAGGAUGGACAGAAGUAUGGGGCCAACUCAAUGGGACGACACUCAGUAUUUGGGAUAUGAAGGCCGUCCAAGAAGCCAGCGCCAAUGGCACGGAAGUGCCUCCCUCAUAUCUCAACAUUACCGAUGCAUUUGUCCACGUCCUCGGCGCUGUCAGCGUCCCUGCGACACCAACUGAGCCACAAAAGCGCUAUCCGGAUGUCCUGACAGUCAACACUGGCGGAUCUAACCUCAUCUUAUUCUCGUGUCCUUCCACACAAGCCCUAUUAGCGUGGGCGGCUGCCUUGCGUCUGUCUGCUUGGGAAAAGUCUCGUCUAGAGGAAAUCUACACCGCCCAUUUACUGCGUAUAACACUAAGCGGUCCCGACCACCCAUCAACACUCAUAAAUGGUCGGAUGGAAGGCUGGGUUCGUCUCCGAAUCGCGGGCCAAGUCGACUGGAAAAAAGUCUGGAUGUCUGUUUCCGCAUCUGCAGACGCGAUUCCUCAGCUUCAAGAUGCACCCCGGACUAAAAAGCGCAUGUCGAAUCUAUUUUCGUCAAAAGACCACGCGAUGCCAGACACACCAUUACCGCCCAGACCUAUUAUCGCCAUUUAUCCUGGGCCCAAACCCAAGGAGCGCAAAAAGGCCAUUCUUACUAUCCAUACCGUUUCACAAGCAUUUGCCGUCUAUCCCGAACGUCCAGAACUCAUCAGUAGGAGCACCUUGAUUAAGCUGGAGGGUUUGAUUGGCGAUGAAGAUACUGCGGGUGAAAUGGCCCGCAGGGAGGGCUGGUUGUUGAUUAUGCCAGAGCUCGAGGGCGGUCUCGGCCAAGCAGAGGAGAUGCUCAAAUGGAUAGUUGCGCUCCAUGACGCUUUCCGGUUGUACGGCCGCCCAGAAGCUUGGAACUGGGACCCUCGUAAUCCUCGGUCACUUAUGUUUGGCUACCCAGUUGGACCAUCGCGAGAUCAAUUAUUCCUCAAAAGAGAACAAGCAGAAACCCUGGAUCCUCGAGAUGAUCGUACUUCUUCAAUCCGCGGCCAAUUUUCUGGUAUCCUUGGCAGUCAAGUACCACAACGCGUACCACCACCAGCCCAAGCUCAACGAUCAGAAACAUCUCCGUCGCUUCCACCCCUUCCCGGGCUCAGUCAUCAGCCUCAGAAUGGUUCACCGCUCGCAUCGGGUCCGCAACUUCCCCCCUUAACCUUUGGCUCAGAAAAUGCUUCAGCUUCUUCUCAAUCACAAGAGCGGAAUCACUUAUCGCCAAUAUCUGAGCGAAGCAGUGGUCUUACUGCUAAACAAACCAUGUCUUCCGUCGAUUCGCACACCGUCCUGAGUCCUCAACGCCGAUCGACACUCCAAAACAGUGGGAGCGGUGGCGAAGCACCGCCGGCGCAACAAGGUCGAACCACUUCACCGGUUGGGCAAACAUUGCCCACCAUUCUAGAUAAUGUACCUUUAACUCAAAGUCCUACCUCUUCGUUUGAACGGGUGCCUUCACCACCAGCUGGACGGACGAGUAUUGACUCCCCCUCUGCGCCGUCUUUCUCUCGAGUUGGCAGCGGGCUGAGCUCAAAUUCCCAUGGUGGAACCACUAGCAGUAUCAGAAUGGUCCCUCAAGCUACCCCGGCUGCCACUGUUGAAGCAAGAUCACCUUCAGAGCCCAUAAAUCGAGCAAUAAACCAUUCUCCUACAUCCGUUCUCACCUCGCCACAUUCGGUUAAUGAGCAACCAGCAACCUCACGAUCCAUGUCGAUGAUGUCACGUUCUUCGGUAUUAACAUCACCAUUCUCGAACUCAGGCCAUGUUUCACCCACUACAACGGCAACCUCUUCUAUAACGGCGACUUCAUCAUUUCCGGGGAUACAUCAGAACGAGGACAACCAGAGCAACAACAUUUCGAACGAGGCCGGAGCGCUGUAUUACAUGCAGCAGUUUGAUUCCGUUCCGCGCCAUAAAGCUCCGCCGCGUCAACAGCCUACGACGAUCUCUGAAGGUGAUGAUGAGUCAGAGUCUGAGGAUGACGUGCCAAACGUGACCUCCACAACAACGUCAGAUAAUUAUGGGACGCAAAGUCCGGUCCUCAGACAAACCACGCCUAUGGCAUUCCACCAGCCGGAGUCAGCUCGUGCACAAGCUUCGUCUCCUUCACAGACCCUGAGUAGUUUGUCGUCUUCGCAUGCCGGCAACGGCAGCCAAUACACCGCUCUCGGACGUAAGCCUUCGGGAGCACGUGCGCCGAAUCCCAAUCGGGGAUAUCGUGGCCCUGACCGUGGACUUUCCUCUUCACUUGCAUCUUCUUCCGCUCCUCCUCCCCCUUCCAAAGCCUCUGAGCCACUCGCUGAAGAGGACUCGCAAAGCGAGGACAGUAUGCACCACAACUCCCCGCCUGUUUCCCCUCUUGUUCGUUCCAAUGACGAACUUGACGCGCUCGCCGCACUUUCCUACCUCGAUGUCAAUGACGAGCAUCCACAACCCCCGCCGCCUCAGAAAAGCGCUUACGACGGAAUGGUCCCUGUUGCCCCUCUCCGCCCUCACGUGACUGAGAAGACUGUUGAUGACCGUGCUGACACCCCGCCAUCAGAGUUCAAGUCGUCGUUCGCGCCAUCCAAGCAAGCUGCGGAGCGUAAAGCAAAGAUUGAGGCGCAGCAAGCAGCACAAAAUGCCGCUGCCCAUCGUCCUGGCCGUGCUAAUGGCAAACGAAGGUCACGUAUGGCGGCUGCUGGUGGCAAUGGUUGGGGUGAAAGUAGUGACGAAGAAGAAGAUGAUGAAGAGGAUGAAGAAGAUGAGGAUGUUGACUCGGAUGGUGAAAUAGCCCCACCAGUUCGUAAACAACUCACUCCGUCGUCAUCCGGCCCUGCUUCAGUCGACAGUUUUAAUCGGUCAGGAUUUCAGAACGAUGAGCCACAGGGCCAGGCCUAUUCGCAUCUACGUCCUCCACGCACCCUGCCACAACCCCCUCCUCGAUCGUUUGGUGAGCUGAUGUUUUUUGCUUCCAUUUCCGUUGUCCGACUGACUUGUAUCUUUUUUUUUGUAGCCGAGCAGCCCGACCAACGACGAAUUCCGUCUGAUCCAUACUCUGAACGUCGAACUUAUCUCGAUGACGGCACACAACUGCGAAGCCAGGCCGAAAUGCCCCAGCCAGGUGCUGCAAGACAAUCAAUGUGGAGUCAAGUUCUCGAUCCUGGACGAAACACGGGCCAGCUUCCGUCGCAGAAUACGGACACGUUUGUCCAGCUCGAAGACAACAAGCUUACCAAAGCGUUUACGCCACAAGGGUUGCUGUCUGCUGGAAUGCAGGACAAGGCUGAUAGGUCGGCUAAACGGCAAGAAGAGAUGGCGCGAGAAAGUGGCGCGUCGUUGAUCAAUGUUCCUCACAAGCCUCCACCUCCUCAGACGGGUUUGCUUGGUGCUAUUACUGCACAUGAAAGAGAGCGCAAACGGGAAGGUGGUGUCGGGGCUGCCCUGACUGAGCGGGAAAGAGAAAAACGUGUUGCGGAGGACAGGCAAAGGCGAUUCGACGAACAUCAACGGCAACAGCUGGAUCAAAUGCAGCAGGGCGGGUCAGUCUACAGCGGACAGUUCCCCCCCUACAACCCGAUGAUGAUGAUGAACCCGAUGAUGAUGGGGAUGAAUCCAAUGAUGCCGAUGAUGACUGGGCAAGGGAUGAACCCGAUGAUGACUGGGCAAGGAAUGAACCCAAUGAUGAUUGGCCAGGGCAUGAAUCCCAUGAUGACUGGCCAGAUGGGUUAUCCAGGCAUGUUCAACCCUCAACAGAUGUUCGCUGCCCAACAAGCCGCUGCUCAAGCUUACCAACAAGCUAUGGUCGCGUUCUCAACCGCGGGCUCGCAAGUCGGUGGAGAUGGCGGAGGGGGAGGAGCUCCAAGCAAUAACACGCCCUCUCAAAUGCAAAUGAACCCGAUGAUGGGGGGUAACAUGGGCAUGUUUGACCCUCGUAUGUCGAUGAUGGGAAUGCCGAUGAUGACACCACAAAUGGGUUUGCCGAUGCAGAUGACUGGGAUGUCGCAAUUUGACCCUCGAUUCGGCCCUGGCAAUAACGGUUCACCAGACCCACCACUUGUCCCACACACUGGUCUUCCGAAUCAGUACCCCUCCCGCACUAGUUCGCCUGCUCGUGGGUCUCCGCAUCGAGGAUCUCCUCUGAUGCGGCCUGUGGAUCGUAACGAUACUGGUGGUUCCCGUUCGCGGCCAACAAGUCCCAAGCCUUAG